AUGGCAAUCAAUCGGACAACACCACCCAGUGGCCGCAUAGGCUCAUCCAAGUCCCGAUCCGGCUGUAAAACCUGCAAGAUCCGAAGAGUGAAAUGCGGGGAAGAAAAACCAAGCUGUCUCCGGUGUACAAGUACAGGCCGGAAAUGUGACUUUGAGAAUAAUGCCAUUGGCACCUCGCCUCCAACGCCGUCGAUGCCAACUUCUCUCAUCCCCAGCCCGAGUCACACGCUCUCCUCGUCGCCGAAUUCGGGACGGCGGGAACGUCGUGCUUUCGGGUAUUACUUUCAACAUGCUGCGCAGUAUUUGUCCGGUGGUAUGGACAUUGAUUUUUGGACUGGCGUUGCCCCACAGAUUUGCCGCACUGAGCCAGCUGUGUGGGAUGCCAUCAUUGCCAUCAGUGCUUUGUUUGAAUACCCGGAACAAUGCUUGGAUUUCACCUUUUUGAGACACAAGCAGAAGGAUGCUCAUCUGCUGAAGCAAUCUCAGAAAGAAGCUUUGGUGUGGUACUCGCGUUCGAUUUCAAGCAUCCAUUCCCAGAUCGAGCGUGGUAGCGCCGAUCCCUACAUUGCACUUAUCAGCUGUGUGCUAUUCAUCUGUGUGGAGACCAUUCAAGGGCGUAUGGAGGAGGCUUUACAACUCCUCAGACAGGGCAUGAGUCUGAUAUUGGACCUUCGGGUGAAGGCUCUUCAUGGGACGGUCUCUGCUAGCAAAGCUGCGCUCCUGGAGAACACCAUCAUCCCACUGUUUUUACGGCUGAAUACCAUUGCUCUCACGAUAUCCGGGACUCAGCCUAGUGAGCUCUUCUCUUUUGAAAAUAAUAAGUAUGAUGGAUUUUCAUCACUUGGAUCUGCUCGGCAGUCUAUAACCACCUUGGGAGCAGAGUGCAUCCUCUUCCAGCGAGAUGCGGGAGUUCAUCUCCAAGCCUUUGGCGGUGAUGUCUGUGUGAGCCAGGACCUGUUCAUCAAGCAACAGGAAUUGCAAGAUCGGCUAGCACGUUGGAAGAAGGCAUAUACAGACCUCUGCCAAAGCCUUCGUCACAAAUCACCGAUUCCGCUCGAGUAUUCUAUUUAUACCGAGCCAACCCUACUCGCAUACCACGCAGCUGCAUCGGUAUAUGUUGCGGGAAGCCUGACAAAACAUGAAACCGUCUAUGAUGAUUAUCUAGACGACUUCCGGGUAAUCGUCGAACAAUCCAGUCUUACCCUGGAUGCCUCGAAGAAGCCAAACGGCGCGCAACCACCAUUCACUUUCGAGAUGGGUGUCGGACUCCCAUUGUUUGUGGCUGCUGCCAAAUGUCGCCAUCCGGGGUUGCGUCGAAGAGCCUUGCAAUUGUUGAGACGGGCUCCACCAGUGCAAGGCUUCUAUAAAUGCCCGCCUGUUACUGCUUUGGCCGAGCACCUCAUGCAGGUAGAGGAGGGCCACAGUAUUGUGUUGAACAAGGCAGUUGGUCAGGAUGCUGCUGCUGAAAUUGCUGCCAUUGUUGCGUCUCAACAAGGACCAUUAUCUGGGAAUCACGUCAACGAAACGAUACCCCUCUCUCUUAUUAUUCCCGAGGAAGCCCGUAUCUGUGACACUGGUGUUUUUCGGCUCCGGGAUGGCCUUCCGUAUGAUGUCUGCGAGGACGAUGUUAUGAAGUGGAAUCCUGGCCCAGAGCAACUGUUCAUGACACUCAGAAGGCUUCGGCGUGAUCCUGUUACCACCUCAUGGGAGGUAUAUUGUGAUUGUAUACCUAUGAACUUUUGA